UGUUGCUCACAGGAUGAUGCCCAUCGAGGUACCCAUGUAAACUCCCGUGGGAAAUUAGUCCAUUCGCCGAAUGCGGUGGGAAUUCCUCGUAGUAAAACAAACAAAAAACAGGUAAUUUCAUACGAACUUCGGCGAGUGGGAACUUCUCGUAGUAGAACAAAAAAAAAAGGUAAUUUCAUGCGAAUCUACAAUUGGGGAUUUUGUGUGAUUUUUGUGAGAAAACCAUGAGCUUCUUAUUGUUAUGGUUAUCUUCCAGUGGUUGAGCUGCUGUUGUAGUGCAUGCUAGAGCCAACAGCAUAGAACAAAAACCAAUUAGUCUUAAAAACUUGCCAUUAAAGCUAAGUCUAAACUUUCCUGUUACUUGUAGUAAUACAAGGGAUUAAUUGUUAUUUAAUGUAAUGCAGUUCUAAUGUUUAGGUAUAUCUGUCAAACUUUAUCCAAAUCGUCCUCAGACGGUCAGACCGUGCCACUGCAAGUCCUCUACAUGAGAUCAUAAGUAAAUCUUGGCAAGUCUUAAUUUUUAAUUUACAGGACAUCUGCAUUUUUAAUUCAGGUAACAGUUAGUUGAGGUUAAGUAAGAAUCUUGCCCUGAAAGCAAGGAUUGUUUGUUUAGAAUCUGCUGUUAACUGACUCUAUCCCUUCUUCUGACUUAUAUUUGGUAAAGUUUGGUGAAAUAUAUUAGGUAAUGAUUUCUCAACUCCCAGUUUUAGGGAUAAUAAGGGUUGAUCUUCUUCUGUUGACCUGCCUUUACUUAUUUCUCUGCAAAUGUUUCAGAACUCAGAAUAGUAAGCUACUCAAAAACAUCAGCUUUUAUGGUUGAUUUGCUGAUCAACAAUGGACAAGCUCUUAGCUGCCAGGGAGUGCCUGAGAGUCAGUCUUGAAAAAUCAAAUUCUUUGUCUUCUCAGAUUGAUGAAACCAACUCAAACUUAAAGAAGAUAAAUGAAAACUUACCUUUGUUAUCAACUGAGCUUCGUUCUACUUACACCAGAAAAUCCACUCUUUUUUCUGUAGGAGAGCAAGUGGACAGAGCCUUUGGACCUGUCGCGGCAGUUUUGAAGAUACACGAUUCUGUUUGUGGGCUCGAGAUGUCGCUCAUGGCGGGCCCCAUAGGCGGUGAUAUUCUGAGGUACUUGUCAGUAGUGAAGCAGUUUGAAGAGGCACUUAUGUUUCAGUCUGACAACUGUGAGUUAGCAGGGAAGUGGAUAGAGGAUAUAGCGAAGCUCUUAGAUGAAAAUGUAAUGGGUGAUGACAAGUACAUAUUGAAUGUGAAGAAAUCAUUGAGUAUUCUCUCUGAACUUAAGGAAAUGAAGGCGCAUGUUACACUCAAGGGAGGAGUUUUAAGCAAUGCAUUCAACACAAUAGAGCUUGAAUUCAGGGAACUGAUCAAGGAGAAUUCUAGCAGCAGCAACAAAUUCACAGAACUUCUGGUUCAUAAACUUCAAACUGUUAUAGAGAGGUUAAAAGCCAAUGAUAGGGUUGAGAAUUGCAAGACUAUCUUUGUUGAUGUGAGGAGUUCAAAUACUAGGGCAGCUUUACAAGCUCUUGAUUUGAGCUACCUUGAAGAAGAAAUCUCUGAAUCAGAUUCUAUACAGAAGUUUGAAGAUCAUACAGUUCAAUGGGGUAAACACAUGGAGUUUGCUGUUAAACAUAUACUCCAACAUGAGUAUGAGGUUUGCAAAAGUGUCUUUGAUAAGUUUGGUUCAGAGGUUUCCCUUGGAUGUUUUGCGAAAAUCACAGUUCAAUCUGGUUUUUUAGCACUUCUAGAAUUUGGCAACAGGAUUACUGAGGCGAAAAAAGACGCCAUCAAACUUCUGAAGUUGUUAGACAUAUUUGCAAUCCUGCACAACUUGAGGGCAGACUUUAACAUGCUUUUUGGCUCAAAAUCAUGCAUUGAGAUCCAAAAUCUUACACGAGAACUCAUCAAACGGGUAGUUGAUGGGGCGUGUGAGAUAUUCAAGGAACUCUCUCAUCAAGUUGAGGCUCAAAGGUUUAACAUGAUGCCUCCUUUAGAUGGUAGUGUCCCUCGUUUAGUGACCUUUGUUACUAAUUACUGCGCCAUUCUAUUAGAGGAUAAUCACAGGCUAAUUCUUUCUCAAGUGUUAUCCAUCCAUCAAAUUUGGAACACGAAAAAAUCCCACAACGGAAUUCUCAGAGAAGAGUUUCGAAACAUUUUGAAUUCCUUGGAGGUUAAUCUAGAGACAUGGUCAAAAACCAUUGAGGAUGUUUCACUGUCCUACUUUUUCCUGAUGAACAAUUACAUGUAUCUGUAUGAAUUCUUGCAGGGAACAGUUUUUGGCGAUCUUAUGGGAGAAAAGUUGUUAACUGAGCAUAAAAGUAAAAUGCAAAACUAUGCUCAAGCAUACUUGAAACAUAGUUGGGGAAAACUGCCAUCUAUUCUAAGUGAGAAUGAAUUAGUACUGUUUUCAACAAACACUCAAGAAUUGGUGAAGCAAAGGUUUAGAGGAUUCAAUGACGCGUUUGAAGAACUAUACAAGAAACAAUCUCAAUGGGUGGUGAUGGAUAAUGUAAUGCGAGAGAAGGCAUGUCAACUCAUAGUUCAUACAGUUGUUCCGAGUUAUAGGUGUUAUGUUCAUAAUUAUGGUUACAUGGUGGAAAAUGGUUCAAGUCCAAGUAAAUAUGUUAAGUACUCUGUAUCAAGUUUGGAGGCUAUGCUUAGCUCUUUGUUUCAGCUUAAUGUAACCAAAUUUAGUCGUAGUAAUAGCUCUAAAUCCAACCAUUUGAUUGGUAAACUGCGAAAUGCUGUUGCUAAUCAGUUUCGUGUUGCUACGAUUACUACAUGAUCUGUUGUUGUAUAUACAGAUACAGUUGUUCUGUUUCCUGAUGUAGUUCAGUGUAGCCUGAAAUGUAUUUUCUGAUGUCUUUGUAAAUAUUGGUUCCCAAUUACUUCAUCUUCUUUUUGUCUAGAAUGGGCUAUAUGUAACGCUUUAUAUACUCCAUAAACAAUAUAUAUUUAUAUCAAUUAUCUAAGC